AUGUUGGAGCCACGGCUGCUGUCAGUGGAGCUUCAGGGUGGGGGUGGGGACGAAGAGGAGGAGGAGGAGGAAGAGGAGGAGUGGGGGGUCUGCAGACUCAGCUGCUUGGUUCUGAUGUCGGCUGACGAGGAAAGUCGCCGGAGUGGUGCUCGCCGAAAGCGCCGCGUGGGCAGGGGCACCGGUGUGAUUACCACCCCGCGGAAAGGAGAUGAAGCCAUGGGUUGGUUCAGUCCUGGUCAGGUGUUCGUCCUGGACGAAUACUGCGCACGGUACGGCGUCCGAGGUUGCCACCGUCACCUGAGCUACCUGAAGGGUUUGAUGGACUAUUCGGAGAACAGCACACUGGUUGACCCCAUGCUGCUGCACUACAGCUAUGCCUUCUGCGUCUCCCACGUCCACGGGAACAGGCCUGAUGGGAUGGGGACUGUGACCGCAGAGGAGAAGGAGGAGUUUGAGGCCAUCAGAAGUCGUCUCAUGGCUCUGCUAGAGUAUCAGAUCACACAUUUUAGGUAUGACCGCCGUCUCAUCAGACUUGAAAUCUUGUGCAUGUCGUCGGGUUUCGUGAUUGGAAACUACUCCGCAAACUUCUAAAGGAAACAUAUUGUCUCUAAUUCGCCUAAUUGAAUGUUUCCACACAGACAGUUUUGGGUUUGAGUUGUUCCCGUAUGAAUGAAUGCGGCUUUGCAACAUCUCCAUAUCUAUAUUAUUAUUGUUAUGGUUUAGCGCUGGUAAAUAUGAUC